AGUUACUCGUGUUCGGCUAUUCAUGCAAAAUAUUCAGGGACGAUGACAAAGCUUUGUUCAUUGACCAAGGGAAACACCUCAUUCCGUGGAUGGGGGAUGAAACGUUGAAAAUCGACAGGUUCGAUCCGUUUUUUACUAUCAGACUGCUAACUGUGGUGCUAAAACCAUAAAAAACGAUAAUAAUUUGUCAGAAUGUAAUAAAAUUUUGGAAGACUUAUAAGAUUUUCGCAGAGGAUGAUGAGUAAAGCCUACAGCGGGACGGGACUUAGACAGGGGCGCGGGCCCGUCGUGGUGACGUCUUUUCUUAUGGUGACACUCUCCGGUGGUAUGAUGCAAGAGGAGCCCUACACGAUGUGUCAGCAUUGGAAGCCCCGCCGGGAGGAUACGACUGGCGGGUGGAGUUAACAAAAUCUGAGCUUGAUGUGGAGCAACUAUGCGAUGAUGAACGUUACCGAGCUCUAUACACAAAUGAAGAUGAAGAAGAAAUGUACAAAGAGGAAGAACUGAAGCGUCUCCAUGCGGCUGGUUACGGACAAGUUGGUUUCAAUUAUGAUACAUUAGCUCCACCUAAGCCACCCGCGAAGCCAGUUGAGGUAGAUGAACCAUUUGUUCCGUCUUCAACUCUUGAAACUCUGCUACCUGAAGAUAUUGUUCUACCUGAGACACAAAAACUGAAUGCCAUCAUAGAGAAGACAGCCAACUUUAUAGCAAGUCAGGGUGUCCAGAUGGAGAUCCUCAUCAAAGCCAAGCAGGGUGACAAUCCUCAGUUCCAGUUCCUCAACAAAGACUCACCUUUGCACCCAUAUUAUAGUGCGCUCAUCGCACUCAUCAAAGCCGGUAAAUGGCCUGAGAAAAAAGUCGAUUCUGUUGAAGAACGACCACCUGACAAUGAUGAAUAUCUCCAUCCAAGCUUAGCAUCAACCAUAAUUGAAUCUGCUCCAUCGAUUCCGAGCAUCCAAUACAAACCAUCAGCGGACUGCGACUACACGAUGCUGGUGUCCAGUCUGGUGGGGCCGCCGCCCGAGGAGCCUUGUCCCGGGGAGGAGCCCCCGCCUGGGACCGAAGUUUCUGCUCCGCAUCCCCACAUUUCCAAGGAACCCGUCAUGUAUAACACGCAAGGAACAUCGGAUCCAAGGCUACAAGCAGCACAGACAACGUACUACCAGCAGUACGCAGCGUACUACCACCAGUACAUGGCGCAGGCUGAAGCACAAGCACGUGCGGAACAAAAAAAAGAAAUCAUCGUAACCAAAUCUACUGGACUUAGUCUCAUGAAGAACUAUAACUCUGAUUCCGGGUCCGACGAUACUGAUUCUGAAGAUUCUUCGUCAUCGGACAGUAAAGAUCAAAUAAUAUUGACGCCCCCGGAAGACGUUCAGACGGUGAUCGACAAGAUGGCCGCCUACGUUGCACGAAAUGGCGACGAGUUCGCCGACAUAGUGCGUUCGAAAAACGAUCCCAGGUUCACGUUUCUGGAGCCCGAUCACGAAUACCAUCCGUAUUAUAAAAGAUUACUGCAGCAGAAGAAAGGCGUCGACGUGAAUGGAAAGAAAAAGGACAAGAAGAAUUCUUUGCCUGUUUCUUUUUCUAUAAAGAAAUUGAAAGAGCCCGAUCCUAUUUUACCGAAACCGGCUCUGCCUUACGAGUCGAGUACGGACGACGAGAACGAGGAGAAGCAAACGGAGAAUCAGGAACACAUUGAGCCAAAGGAUCACACCAAAUUAGUCGCUCAGACUCCAAGUGUGCUGCCGCCUAUAGUAGUGUACAAGAUGGACGGGUUAAUCCACGAUUUCCCCGUCGUCAGAACGAUCGAGCCGGUCAAGCCGCCGACAUCCCAAACAAGCCCACCGAAGCUCACGCCAGUCAUACACGAAGUAAAAGAAAUACCUAAAAUAGAUCCUCCCGGUCUCGUAGAGAAACCACAACUUGUCGGACCGGUAACUAAUACUUAUGUCAAGGAAAACACGCAUAAAACAAGAGAAGAUAACUCUGAACGUAGAAAAGAGAGAAAGAAAGAUCGCAAGAAAGAAUACAAGUCGAAAUCUAGGAGUAGAAGUAGUAAGAGAAGAAGUCCGGUGAGGAAUUCCGUGAAAGAGAAAAAACGGGAAAAAGAUGAGAAAGUUAGUAGUAGUAAGAAGAGUGAACCGGUCAAGGAAAACUUUGAGACCGAAAUUAUUUCGCUAGAAGACAACGGAGAUGAUUUGAUUGAUCUCACAGGCGAUCAGUCCGACAGCAAACUGGAGGGCGAGGCGGAGCACGGGCGGGAGAGGCAGCGGGAGCGGCGGCGGCGCGCGGCCGAGUUCCUCAAGAAGGUGGGCGUGGACCCCGGGGCCGCCGCGCUGCCCACCUCCUCGCUGGCCAGCGCCAUGGUUGAUACGUUGGAGUCCUUGAAACGUAAGAAAGCGGAAGAAGAAGAAAAAAGACGGAGAAGAGAAAAGAGAAGACAUCGAGAAAAAUAUUACGACGAUGAGUCUCAAAAAAUGCAUCAUAAAAGCAAAAGAAGAAGGCGCAGAUCGUCUGAAAGCGAAGACGCCGAUAAUGAUGGCUCGAAAAAGAAGAAGCGCAAGAAGGAAAAGAAACACGCCUCGAAAAGCAAGAAGAAGAGGAGAAAAGAAGAGGACGAGGACAGUGAGCAGAGGUUGCCGGACAUUGACCUCACGCACACCCUCAAGGAGCUGCGGACCAACUCUCCGACCAAAGAUUUGGUGCUUCAGAACUUGGAAGUGAACACGACCGCCAGACGGAACUCCGACGAGGACGUAGCUAAGAAUAGAAAGAGAAAGAAAGACAGAGAGUACAGCGAGGGCGAGUGGUCCAGCGAUAGUGAGGAAGAUUCAAAGUCUUCGAAGAGUCAGCACGGAUAAUAUUAAGUUUUAUUUUUUUGUAUCCAUUGAAGAUAACAAUGAUUGUCAUUGUAUUGUAAUUAUUAUUAACUCUGUGAGUUUAGAAGCAACGAUUCGCUUAGUUACUAGGCAGUGUGAUUGUUCAAAAUGAUAAUAUCAAGAGAUAAAAGGGUUAAUUGGUUUAAGCUUAAUACGCGACAUUUAUUUUUGUAAUUAAAUUUUGUUUUAUUUGAUACUAGCGACCCGCUCUCGCUUCGCUUCGGAAACAUUAAAUUUUAUUA